AUGGCGGGUUGGCGUGCGCUACCAACGCACUGCCUUAGCCAACAGCUCAGCCUGUCACAGUUAAUGGUGCUUAUCAAAAACUCCUUCUUACCAUCUAGAAAGAUCCACACACAGAGAAGCCAGUUUAACAAAUGCCAGUUUGGAUUUAUAUUUGAUAUUGAUGGAGUUAUUGUCAGAGGAAGAAAACCACUGCCUACGGCCAGGGAAGCAUUUCAGUUACUUGUACAAGACAACCAGUUUAAAGUUCCUACUCUCUUUGUGACAAAUGCUGGUAACGCUUUGCGUGCUCAAAAGGCACAUCAGCUGUCAGAAUGGCUUGAAAUAGAGGUGAGGGAGGAGCAAGUGGUGAUGUCACACAGCCCUCUGAGAAUGUUCCGCCAGUUCCACGAUAAGCAUGUUCUGGUAAAUGGGCAAGGUCCAUUAAAAGAAAUAGCCCAUAAUGUGGGUUUCAGACGAGUGACCACAACAGAGGAGCUUGCCUACGCAUUUCCUCAUCUGGAUAAAAUGGAUCAUCACAGAGGAAAACCUCCGCCAUGCUCUUUUGAGGAAUUCUUUCCAAGAAUAGAAGCUGUGAUUCUAUUUGGAGAGCCUGUCCGGUGGGAAACCCCUCUGCAGUUGAUUAUAGAUGUGCUGCUGACCAAUGGUCAUCCGUCAGAUGACUUGGUGGAUAUACCUUAUCCACAUAUACCUGUCCUGGCAUGCAACAUGGAUCUUCUGUGGAUGUCAGAACACAAAUUGCCUAGAUUAGGGCAUGGUUGUUUUAUGAAUGCUUUGGAGAGUCUCUACCAGAAAAUCACCGGCAAGGAGUUGAAAUACACAGCCUUGAUAGGAAAACCCAGUGAAAUAACGUACCACCACGCAGAUUACUUGCUGACUCAGCAGGCUAAACUCAUGGGUGUCGACCAAAUAGAAACUAUAUAUUGCAUAGGUGAUAAUCCAGAAACAGACAUCUACGGGGGUAAUCUAUAUAACAGAUACUUGCAAAGGAGAAAGCAUAUAAAAGGGCAAAAAUUAGACAAGAAAGUUCGUGUGGCUGGCCAUCUUAAGACAGAUUCAGACUUCCUUGAUGAAGACAGUGAUGAUGAUAUCCCAGAAGAUACUCAGAUGUUUCAACGUGACUCUGGUGCCAAUUUGCACGUGAUAAGAUCUUUAGAAGAGGACAGUUUCGGCGUGGAGAAAGCAUCCUGCUGUGAGAGCAUCCUUGUUUGCACGGGUGUCUUUAAAACAACAACAGACUUUGUGAGUUUUGCCGGCAAUCGGUUGAGUUCGCACAACCACAGGGACUUUGUGAUAGACCCGACGCUAACCACACCCAAUCAUGUGGUCCCGAAUGUGCUGGAAGCUGUGAAACUGGUUUUUGAGAAAGAAGAGUUCUCUUAA